UGCUUUUUUCUCUGUGUUUUGGGGUUUCUUCAAUUGCAGAAGGAAAAACACAAAGGAGCUGUCUUUGUUAUGGCCGCCUGAACUCUCUCUCUCUAUAUAUAUACAUAUAAUCUAUAUAUAUCUACUUCUUCUCCUCUCUAUUCAUUGAUCUUCGAUAAGGAGGUGAAAUUUCAAAUAUGGUGAAGAAUGAAGAUUCAGGUAGCCCUAGCUGGAGUGCUUCACUCUUUAUGCAGACAACAGAAGAUGUUGCAAGAGCUGUUGCUGCUGCAGCUGCUGCUGCCACUACUGUUCGUUCACCCCGUCCAUCUGUGGUAUUCUCAUCAAAAGAUGACAACGGCAAUAGUCCACUACAUAAACUUCAACACCAAGUUUCUAGAGUACUAAAAGGCUUUUCACAGCCUCCUGAAGUGAAAAGUGGAACUUAUAACCCAGAAGUACUAACUAGCCAAAAGCGUCAAUGGGCAAGCGUCCAAUUGCAGUCCCUGGAUCAUAGGCCUUUAAAAGAGCCAUCAAGGCUUUUUGAGAGCAUGGUGGUUGUUGGACUUCAUCCUAAUUGUGAUAUUCAGGCACUUCACAAGCAGUACUUCGGGAGAAAGUCUGAAGGUUCAGGUAAAUUUCGAAGUGCAUUAAGUGGUCAGCAUCAGUCUCGUGUAGAACCUAACCUUGAACCCCAGGUCUUAUUUGUUUAUCCUCCUGAAAAACAGCUGCCACUUAAGUAUAAGGAUCUUCUUUCAUUCUGCUUUCCUGGAGGCGUGGAGGUUCAUGCUAUUGAAAAAACUUCUUCAAUGAGCGAGUUGAAUGAAAUACUUCUUGGGCAGGACCACCUCAAACAAAGUGAGCUGUCAUUUGUAUUCCGGUUACAGGUUGCUGAUGAUUCAACUUUGUACGGUUGCUGUGUGUUAGUUGAGGAAAUAGUACAAAAACCCUCUGGAUUGAUUUCGAUGAUUUCAGAUGGACAACCUCCCCGGUCAGGUUUGAGGCGCCAUAUGUUAACAACACGGCGGUGUUAUUGCAUUCUUUCAAGGUUUCCAUUUUUUGAACUGCAUUUCAGCGUAUUGAAAAGCAUUUUCACUGAAGAAAGGUUGGAACGGUUAACAAGAGGUAUUAGUGAUUUAGAUUUGGAAUCAUCUGAGGGGCAUGGCAAGGAAGAAAAUUUAAAAGAAAACUCUGAUGGUAUUUCAUCGGAAGAUAGAGCAAAUGACGUGCUGAAUGGAACGGUAGAUACUCCCCAAUUAAGCCCAAAUGAUUCUCUUUCUGAAAAAGUCAUGGAUGAUGUGUGUCACAGGGAGCACCAAAUGCUCAAGAAUAACCACUUGCUGAAGAGAGAUAUGAAUGGCAGUGGUGUUGUCCCAGUUGAUCCUGCAAUAGGGAAACUUCCAGAUAAAAGAGAAAAUGGAGUUACAAGUGAGAUCUCUGAAGCUUGUGAUACACAUGUUGAUGAUUUUGUAACAAACAAGCAACUGGUGGAAAGAUGUUUUCCAAAUGCUGUUUUACCACUUCUGCGGUAUCAACAAUAUGAAAGCUCUGAAUCUUCCACAAGUUUCCAGGGCUCUCCGAGUGAAGACAGAAUUUUUAGGAGUGACCUCGAUGAAGUAGAGACAGAAGAGGCAUCCUUUUCAGGCCAGGAAUAUUCCAGUGACCACAGUGAUAUUCUUGAUUGGGCUAAGGGGAACAACCACGGAUCCUUACAAAUAAUAUGUGAGUAUUACCGGUUACCUAUCCCUGCAAGGGGUUCUACAAUUACGUUCCACCCUUUGGAGCACCUGCAUCCUUUGGAAUUUCAUAGACCUGAUGAGACAGUUCUACAUAUUGCUGGGUCAACAAUUGAUUUGAAAUCAUGCAGCAGUAGUUUGGAAUUAGCAGAGGCACACAGUGCCCUCAUGGCGGAGGAGGAGGCAAAGUCUUUAUCUGUAUGGGCUGUUGCAUUGCUAUGUGGCUCCUUACGACUUGAGAAUGUGUUAACAUUGUUUGCUGGGGCUCUCCUGGAGAAGCAAAUUGUGGUUAUUUCUUCAAAUUUGGGUAUAUUGUCUGCUUUGGUCCUGUCCAUAAUCCCACUGAUUCGUCCUUACCAAUGGCAGAGCUUGUUAAUGCCGGUUUUGCCAAAUGACAUGCUGGACUUUUUGGAUGCCCCAGUCCCAUAUGUAGUUGGUGUAAAGAACAAAACCACUGAAGUGCAGUCAAAAUUAACAAAUGUCAUUCUCGUUGAUGCAAACAAGAACCAGGUGAGGUCGCCAACAAUACCUCAACUACCCCAGCAGAAGGAGUUGUACUCAUACUUAAUUCCUUACCAUGCAAAACUUGUGGGAGAGAGUUUCUUGGGGAGAAAAAGGCCAGUGUAUGAAUGUACUGAUGCACAGGUUGAAGCUGCCAAGGGUUUCUUAGGAGUAUUGAGAUCGUACUUGGAUUCUCUUUGCUCUAACCUUCGUUCUCAUACAAUUACAAACGUCCAGUCCAAUGAUGAUAAGGUGUCAUUGCUUUUAAAGGAGAGUUUCCUUGAGUCAUUUCCCAGUCGUGACCGACCUUUUAUGAAGCAUUUUGUGGACACGCAACUUUUCUCUGUACAUACGGAUCUUGUACUCUCUUUCUUUCAAAAGGAGUAGUGCUGCCACGCAAGGUUGGCUGGAAAUGUAUAAUUUUCUUGAUCUAGAGAACGCAAGUUCUGUAGCUUAUAAAUUUUGUUUUUAGCUGACAUUUUAAUUUAAUUCUACCUUAUCCCCCCCCUUCCCCGUUUUGUGUUUGAUAAGCAUUAUAUCUCUUCUUUCUUCUUAUCCUCACAAAUCUUCACUGUAAUCAUAUACCUAAACAAAAGAUUAGUUUUACAGCAGUUUUGGUGUCAUGAUCAGACUUGUAAUGGUAUUCCAUA